AUGUGGCGCUUCUUACUGCUGGGCUUGGCCGCUGGCGAGCUGCCGAGGAAGGUUCUCCUUCCGAGCGAAGUGGCGGCCAACGCCAGCGCCAAGUGUUUGGACUCGAGCCCAGCCGGCUUUUACAUUCGUGAGCAAGACCCUUCCAAGUGGGUAAUUUUCCUCGAUGGCGGUGGCCUCUGCAUCGAUGCGCUCGACUGCAGGCGCCGGGCCGCCACCACCCACGGGAGCUCAAAGAAUUGGCCAGAGACCUGGGACCCAGAGGCCGUGCCCUUCUCUACGGGCCUGUCCAGCACCUUCCGUGACUUCAGUCAGGUCUUCGUCCCAUACUGCAGUGGAGAUCUGUGGCUGGGAAUGGACCACAAACCCCGGCUCAUCGUCGGCGACUUGCAGAUGAGCGGCCAUCGCAUUCUCGGAGCAGUGGUGGAGCAUCUGGUCAACACGACCGCCCUGAGGCGCUCAUCACUACUGAUCUUUGCCGGACAGAGUGCUGGGGGUAUCGGUGUACUGCACCACGCAGACUGGAUAUCCUCCAAGCUCUCGUCCCUUUCUGCGUCCCCGCGCAUCGCGGUGCUAUCCGCCGCCGGCCUGUUCUUUCCUGCGGAUUGGCCGGUGCUGUGGGAAGAGUUUCGUCUCGGCAUGGAAUGGCCCGUUGACAAUUUCAUGGCCAAGUGGUGCCACCUUAUCGAAGGAAGCUUCCUCCACGAAGGCUGUGUGGCAGCUGCCCGGGCGGCCGGGCGGGCGCCCAGCACAUGCCAGGAUGUGUCGCGCAUCCUGCCAGAGCUGAAAGCGGACGUCUUCCUCAUGCAAAACCAGUUCGACCAGUACCAAGUACUGCACUUGGGACUCUGCCCUGCCUCGACUUGCUCUGUUGGGGUUCCGGCCACCUCAGCUCCCGGGCGUUACCUUGCUCUACUGGGCCGCUUGACGAAUGCAACGCUGAGCGCUGCAUUUCAGAACAACUCGCGCUUUGGCAUUUACGCUCCAAGCAGGUUUGAUCACACCGACGAUCUGAUGCAGGAUCUUGCUGGCACGGAUCACAGCAUCUCGGGCGUAUCCUUCAAGGAUGCCUUUGGCCAUUGGCUGUCCGGGGCUCCCACACGCUUUGUGGCCGCCAGCUGUGCAGGGCUUCCAUGUCCAAGCGGACAGGAGGCGGACGCACGCGCACUGAUCGUGUGA